AUGAAUCGUUGUGCUAUUGAGGUCAUGGGGGAUAUAGGCGAUAUCAUAUUAGCCUACGGACAGAGCGAUGAAUACAGUUUCAUUAUUCCAAAGUCAUCCAGCUUGUUUUCACGUAGAUCAAGUAAAAUAUCUUCGACUAUUGUCAGUCUAUUCGCCUCGAAUUAUGUCAUGCAUUGGAGCGAAUAUUUUGGAGACAGCAAACUACAAUAUGCGCCAUGUUUUGAUUCAAGAAUUGUCUGCUACCCUAAUGACAAGAUAUUAAAAGAUUAUCUUAGUUGGCGUCAAGCUGAUUGUCAUAUCAAUAAUCUGUACAACACAACAUUUUGGGCACUUGUCAAAUCAGGCUUAUCAGAAACAGCCGCUGAGAACAGAUUGAUGGGUACUUUCGCGAAGGAUAAGAAUGAGAUUUUAUUUACAGAAUUCGGUAUAAACUACAACAAUAUUGAGCCAAUUUAUAGGAAAGGAUCGACCAUUAUCCGCAAAAUGACAGAGGUUACUUCUAUAUCACCAAACACAGGUGAAGAAGUGAAACGAAUUAAAUUAAUACCUACAGCUAUUUAUGUCGAUAUUAUCGGAGAAGGUUUUUGGCAAGAGCAUCCAGAAUUGUUAGAAGAAUAA